AUGGACAAUACCACCUGGACCAGCGUGUCCCAUUUUGUUCUCUUGGGCAUUUCUCCCCACCAGGAAGAGCAGAUCCCGCUCUGUCUUCUUUUUCUGCUCAUGUAUACCAUCAACAUUUCUGGCAACUCUGUCAUCAUCAUCCUGAUUAUCUCUGCUCCACGCCUCCAAACUCCCAUGUAUGUCUUUCUCAGCAACUUGGCCUUGGCAGACAUCUGCUUCACCUCCACCACAGUCCCCAAGAUGCUGCAGAACAUUUUCUCUUCUACCAAGGCCAUUUCCUACAUGGGUUGCUUAACACAGACUUAUUUCUUCAUUUGCUUUGCAGCCAUGGAGAACUUCCUCCUGGCUGUGAUGGCCUAUGACAGAUACAUAGCCAUCUGCCACCCUUUCCACUACUGUAUGAUUCUGAACAGGAAGCUGUGUUCACACUUGGUGGUCAUGUGCCACAUCCUCUCCCAUCUUCAUGCCCUGCUGCACACCUUUCUCGUGAGCAGACUGAUCUUCUGUGCAGAUAACAGGAUCCCCCACUUCUUCUGUGACCUCUACCCUCUGAUGAAGAUCUCCUGCUCCAGCAGCCACCUCAACACCUUGAUGAUUCACACGGAAGGAGUCAUUGUCAUCAAUGGAGCCCUGGCCAUCAUCAUGGCCUCCUAUGCCUGCAUCAUCUCAGCAGUCCUCCAGAGCCCCUCAGCCAAAGGCAAGUGGAGAGCCUUCUCUACCUGUGGCUCCCACCUCACUGUGGUGGCUAUAUUCUAUGGGACCCUCACAUGGGUCUACUUCCGGCCCCUUACCAGCUAUUCAGUGGCCGGGGGUCGUAUCCUGACUGUCAUGUACACAGUAGUGACCCCCAUGUUGAACCCCUUCAUUUACAGCCUAAGGAACAAGGAUGUCAAGGGAGCCUUCAGGAAAUGGAUGAACAGGAUCUGGACCUCUUCAUUUAGAUAA